CUUAAUCGUGCCCAAAUUAUCGAUGAUGCAUUUCAUUUAGUGAUAGCAGGCCAACUCAACGCCAAUAUAUUCUGGAAUAUCACAUCGUAUUUGGAUAAAGAAGAAGAUUAUAUAGCAUGGUAUCCUAUGUUUAAAGCUCUGGAAUACAUGUUUAAUACUUUUCCUGCUGCUAUGCUGGAAGAAAGCAAUUGGACUUAUAUGAAAAGAAUAGGAGUCAUGUUAAAUAAGAUACUUAUAAAAAUCAAAUAUGAAGAAAUUGAUGAUUCAGACGAACUUAUAACAUGUUUACGACAAGAAGCUGCAAGAUGGGCAUGUUUUUUCGGUGACAUUAAUUGUACGGAAAAAGCGAAAAAUAAAUUAGAACAAUAUCUCGAAGAUCCUAUAAAACACGGACUUUUGCCAUGGUGGAGGGAAUGGACAUAUUGUAGAGGUUUAAUGAAAACUAUGAUAAAUGACGUUACUACUAGGACAUCAGUGUAUACCAUAGGAUUCGAAACAAAUGACAAAAUGUUAAUAUAAUUGCAGCAUUAAUUAUUAUGAUUAAUAAUGUAUAUUCCGAAAAUCUAGUUGAGUCAAUAGAAAGACACUCUGAAAGUAUUGUAGAAGCUAACAUAAUUGAAGUGAAUACAGAAAAUCAAUUUAGAAGACAUCGAAUAAAGGAGAUGAGUUACCGUGUGAUAGAUAAAGAUGACUUAUAUUCUUAUAUUAUAAUCAAGAUUGAAAUUAUUCGCAAAAAACAAAUCGAAAAGCAGAGACAAUAAUUUGCAAGAUUUUUCUUCUAAUCGGUGGAUGUAAAAAAUUUGCAGUUUUGCUUACAUGGAAGUACUUUAUAUGAAUAAUUGUUUUAUAUUGCA